CAAAGAUGACCAAGAAAAGAAGGAACAACGGUCGUGCCAAAAAGGGCUGUGGCCAUGUGCAGCCUAUUCGCUGCACCAACUGUGCCCGAUGUGUGCCCAAGGAUAAGGCCAUUAAGAAGUUCGUCAUUCGGAACAUCCUAGAGGCCGCAGCCAUCAGGGACAUUUCUGAAGCGAGUGUUUUCGACACCUAUGUGCUUCCCAAGCUGUAUGUGAAACUACAUUACUGCGUGAGUUGUGCCAUUCACAGCAAGGUAGUCAGGAAUCGCUCUCGGGAAGCCCGGAAGGACCGAACACCUCUACCCUCAUUUAGACCUGUGGGUGCUGCCCCAUGUCCUCCACCAAAGCCCAUGUAAGGAUCCAAGUCCUUAAA